CCCAACCAAACAAAGAGGGCCGGAGGUUUUGAAACAGCAGCUUCCCAAAAAGUUGGCUUCUGCUGAGCUGUGCUGUGCUGUGCUGGGAGCCUUGCUGGCCGCGGCCGCCGCAGGCUGCAGCAGCGGCAGCGAGGGGCACGAUCGCCUUGAGGAUCCCUGUAGGUACAGGACAGUGUUGAUUCCAGACCCAAAGGGCAGGCUCUGCAGCACCAAGUUUCCAGCUGUCAGCAUGGGCACCCCCAGUUCUCCUCCCUGAACCUUCCAGUCCACCAAGGAAAAGCAAGGCUCCAGCGGGGACCUGCCAGCCUCAUGCAAUGAACUGUGUCUUGCCAGGACUUGUGCCAAGCUCCCUGGGAUGCUGAGCUGCUGCUUGGGUCCUGGCCACUCCUGACCCUUCAACUGUGCUACUGGCAGUGUGGAAUCCAUGUCCAGUUUGGGACAUCGAGCAGAGCCAGGCCUGGUACCAUCCUCUGUGCCCUUGCCAGGCCAGGGGACCAGGCUGGCACCCUCACUCUGAGGGGGCUCUGUGUGAGUGAGGGGCAGGUUUUGGCCUGUCUCUAGUUACCGUGGUGGGAAGAGCCGCACCUUCCUGCUCUCCCAGUGGGACGUGGGUCACCGCUGGGAGCUCGGGAUGGUGCCGUGUGGACGCUCAGCUGUGGCCGGCACUCUGGCGGCAGAGCAGUAGCAGAGUGCGAGUUCCAGCACAGGGCUUGGCGCUGCCCAGGCAGGUGCCGGCAGCCCUGCGGCGGCCGCGCUCCGGGGAUGUAGGUGCCAGGCGGGCGGCUGUGCCAGGAGGGAUGGGCCGGCUGGACGACCGUGCCAAGAGGAGGAUUGUGGAGCUGCGCAGGGCCGGGCUGAGCUUCCGCAAGAUCAAGAAGGUGCUGGAGCUGGACGGCAUCCGCGUGACGCCGCAGGCCGUCUACCUCUUCCUCAAGAGAAGGAGCGUGGAGCCGGGGCCGGCGGCGGCCGGCUGGGACGGCGACCAGCCCUGGCCCCCGCUGCAGGGGCACACACCUGAGCCACCCAAGGCAGCGCCUGGUGCGGGGCCCACGGGCAGCCAGCUGCCCUGCCCCGCUGCCAGCCAAGACACCAAGAUGGGCAUCCAGAUCGUUAGUGUGGUCUCGCUCUGCCAGGAUGGCAGGCAGCUCAGGAAGGCUCUGCCCCCUGGGAAUGGCAAUGAUGACUCUACAGGCACCUCCUCAGCUCCAGGGAGCUGCCCCAAUCCAGGGGGUCCAACCGCUCCCCUGCAGCCCUUGCCCAGCCAAGGGCAGCUGGUCCCACCCCCUGCCAAGAACCCAGCCCUGAUGGUGAGGGAGAAGAUGGUGGACAGGACUGUGCCCUUGCAGAAAAAGGUCAAAGACGUCGGCAUUCAAACUGCCCUGCCCGACGCCACCAGUCCUGGAAAUCAGAACUUUGCUUGUGGAGAGCCAGCACUGCCCCCUGCUCCCAGCUCCCAGGCCAUUGCUGACCAGCUGGGUGCUGUACAGGCCGAGAUCCGGAAGCUGAGCCAGGCCCUGCAGGCGGUGCUGGACAGGCAGUGCCGCCUGGAACGCCAGCAGGAGCAGCAGCAGCGGCUGCAGCAGGAGGUGCUGAUGACGCUGCAGCAGCUCAGCUCCACCGUGAGCCACGGCGCUGUGCCAGCAAACCAGCCCUGUGGCCCCUUCAGCAGUAUGGCUGAGCCCUCACCCGCUGUGCCCAACUUCAGCCAGUUCAAGAUGGAGCUCAUCUGACCUCCAGCUACCCCGGCAUGCCCUAGCAGUGCUGCGCUGGGGGCAGGAGGAAGCUGCGGAGAAGAACCACCUCACAGAGGCUGUGGCAGCUGCCUAAUCAUUAUGUGAGGCACCCAGCAAAGAAGGUCACUGGUGCCUCCUGUUUUCAACCCUGUUCACUGAAAGGGGCUGCCUGGCAUGAGAGGCAGGGUGAUGGAAAGCUGAAGCCUCACUUCUGUGCUGCCCAUCCUGGCUGCCACCACAGCUGGCUGCUGGCCCGUAGACUUCAGCAGCACAGGCAGGCUGCCUGCAAGUAGAAGGUGCAACUAAGAGAGACACAGCAGGGAGAUGGGGCUCAAAGAAAAUGAGAGGCUUCCUCUCAUGAGGGUCAGUGCUGUGAUGAUCCAUCCAAGGAAUGCUUCAUGCUCCCCCUCUGCAGAGCCUUUUCCAGUAAAAGUCUCUGUACC